AUGGUGGGAUAUCACAUCCAUAUGGUGGGAUGUCCCCUCCGUGUGGUGGGAUGUCCCACCGGAGGGCGGGAUGGGACGGACGGCUCCUCUGCAUCCCAGCGCUCACGCGCGCGCUCCGCGCAGGACGGCCAGGAGCUCACGGACGUGGAGCGGGCCAUCGAGACCGUCAUCAACCAGUUCCACUGCUACGCGGUGAAGGGCCAGAAGGAGUACCUGACCCCCAACGAGAUGCGCGAGCUGGUGGUGCAGAAGCUGCCCCACCUGAUUCCUGCUAACUGCAGCAAACUGGAAAGCAGUGAAGGCCACAGAGCCUCGUUAGCAGGGAUUCAUUCCCGCGCCCCGUCAGCGAGGUUAGGGAAUGUGUGCAGGGAGCAGCGCCGGGCCAGGACGGCAGCAGCGGAAGGAGGGGACGGGGACGAUGCCCCCAUGGGCGGCCGGCGCCCUGGUGGUGGCAGCUCCGUCGGGAGCCGCAGCCGCCUCCGGCCCCGCGCCCCGGGGCCGGUUGCACAAGGAGGAUGA